AAAUGUUGUUAAUAUUGUCUGAUCUUGAAGGUUGGGAACAAGGCGAUAGUUCGAUAAUAUCGAAACACAAAAUUUGUAUUCGCUGGAAUAGCAAGUCGUCAGUCUCUCUCUCUGCGUCUCUCUGUUUCUUAGUUUGUGUAUUGUGAAGUUGAAGACGAUGAGUGCUCUACCGAGCUCGUUCGUUUCAGUUCAAAAUCCCAAAACCCACUUCUUAGCUGUUAAUCGGAUCACUUCCUGAAAUUGUAGAUUUCUCAGCCUUUGUUGAUCUAGCAAAUUAGUCUACGAGCUCUUUUAUGGGUUUGUUUGUUUAAUGCAAGCUAAGGCUCCAUCUGUGAGGGAUUAGAAACUGAAAUGUUCUUCUUCGAAGCCAAUGUACCAGUGUCUUUUGAAUGUUAGCCCCAGUAAUCUAAAUUCCACUUCAUAUAGAAGGCCUCUUGUUGUCCGAGCAGGUGGGGACAGACCAAGUUCUGCGAGUAUCUUUGUUGGUGGGUUUGUAUUGGGGGGGAUUGUUGUUGGAGCAUUAGGUUGUGUAUAUGCGCCUCAGAUAAGCAAGGCACUAGCUGGAGCCGACAGAAAAGAUUUGAUGAGGAAGCUACCAAAGUUUAUUUAUGAUGAAGAGAAAGCUCUUGAGAAAACCCGUAAAAUACUGGCUGAGAAGAUUGCACAGCUAAACUCCGCCAUAGACGAUGUUUCGGCUCAGCUGCAUGCAGAUGAUACCCCAAAUGGAGCUGCAGUGGCUUCAGAUGAAGUUGAAGCUUCCAUAUAAUAGAAUGCUUGCAGAGUUUUGUGUUUAACUUGGUACAUGUGUUUAGCAGUGGGAAAGUAAUGUUUCAAAUCUUCUUCCCGUGUGUUUUUCUUGUUCAUAAAUACGUAGAAAACAGCAGCAAUUGAAAACCAUCAUAGUUGCUGCAACACUGUUUGCUUUAACACUAUCAAUUACUUCUCGCUUGGUUUCUGUGGAUAGCAAGCUUCUCAUUAUUGUACUGCACUGGGCUAUAGUUUUCAACUGGUUCAGCAUGGAUCUUAUGAAAACUACGGCGUUUUAAGUUGUAAUAAAGGAUCUUCCUUCAACGA